UGACAGAGCUGAAGGGCGGCCUGUGUGGGGCGGAGACAGGGCUUCCGGGGGACCGCGGCCGAGAGCGUGUUCGGGGCAGGGCGGGGGCGCCCUGGCCGCUGGAGCGGCCGGUGCACCUGGGGUUCCAGAGGUCGGGUCUGCUGCGGCCCGCCCGUGCCCACCCAGAGGCCAGGGGUCUCUUAGUGCAAGGGAGCCAUGGACAGCGACAGGGAGUCAGCAGACCCCAGCACCCAGAGCUGCCCUGUGCUGCCCAUGUUCCACAGCUCUGUAGGGAAGCUGCACCAGCUGCUGGGCAAGGGAGAGUAUGCGCUCCUGAAGGACCUCCCCACAUUUGAGAGUGACUUCAUACAGGUCAACAGACGGGGAGAGGUGAUUGACGUGCACAACACCGUGCACGUGGUGACAGUUGGUGUGGCCUACACCGGCCAGCACCUACCAGUGCCCGAUGUGAUGCUGCUGGCCCAGCCGGCCACACGUUGUGUGGCCGGUGCUGGUGAUGACUCCGACACCCAGAGAACGGACCUCAAGGCAGCAGAGAGCUUGGAACUGACCAGGCUGCUUCCUUUGAAGUUUGUGAAGUUAUCCAUCUAUAAUCACGACAAAAAGCAAUUCCAGCUGAAGCUUGCCACGGGCCGCUCUUUCUACCUGCAGCUGUGCCCUCCUUCCAAUUCGAAGGAAGAUGUGUUUGCCUUCUGGGAGGACCUGGUGGGCCUGCUGAGGCCCCCCAUGGAGGCGUACAGUGGGACCCAGGCCCAGCCUGUGGGUGACAUGGUCUCCAUACCCGGGCUGGAGGCAGAGGACAGGAGGAGCUCAUCUGCCAUGGAGCUCCACAGACAAGGGGACCGAGAUCAGGUCAACAGCAGCAGCCUUUCCGUGCUCAGCGAUAUGUCCCUGGCUGCCUCCCUGGCCUAUAUGGGUGGGGAAGGAAACCGAGUGCAGGCCUCGUACUGUCUGCACAGGAACACGCCGUCUGUCCUUAGCCCAGCACCUCCAGAGAUGGAUCGCGGGGUGACCCCGGGGGCAGCAGGAACUCUGCAGGCUAGCAUGAAGGGGGCCUCAGUUGGGGGCACAGACAGGAGCCCUGUUGGCAACACCGCAGACGGUUCGGACGCAGGACCCUCUGUCUGGGCCGAUCCCGAUGAAGGCAGCACAAGCAAACCAGAUGGACACCAGAGACUCUCGCCGGUCCAGGCCAAAGCCCCGAGGACGAGUAAGGACAAGGAGAGAAUGCCCACCGAAAGGCUUUACCUUCUUAGCAGGAUAUGGGAAAACACAUCAUUCCUGAAGUCACAGGGAACCCCGUGGGGAGACAAAAGGGAGAAUCAGGGCAGCCUCAAGGAGCGAGGGUGUGGCUCCCUGCUGCAGGAGUACAUAAGCCUCAGCCUCUCCCAGAAGGGGUCCAGGUUAUCUCAAAAAUUGAGGAGGAGCUUGUCUAGGACGAGGUCAGGUAGGGUGCCAUAAUCCAGGGGUUGGUUUCCUUGUCCCAACCCCUCUUGUGCAGCUUCGCCUGGUCUCCGAGGCAACACACAUUAGCCAUUCAUGGAACUCAAGGAUAUCAACUAGAAUGGAUCUCAGAUGUCAACACCAUUCACCCACCCACUUCAAAGAUAGGGAAACAUAAUUUUCUCAAAGUGGGUCAAUUUAUUCCUUUCUUGAAACAAUUAAAUGCCUAGUACAUGCCCUGUGAUAAUACCUGGUAUAUAUAAACAGUUGGGCAGAGUGGGGGUACAUGCCCAGAUGCAGUCUCACAGGGUGGAGACCGCUGGGGGAGUUCAGGACGCUCACAGCUCAGGGUAAUUGGACAGGAGAUGCAGGGGGCAGGAUCCACUCAGGUAGUCAUGGGACACGACCUACAGAGAUGUAGGGCACAAAGGAGGGACUUGUCCACACCUCUGCUUAGAAUGGCCACUGCCUGAGUACGUAUGGGAAAACUGGAAUCAGAGAAACCCAUUGGGACUCUGGCCACGUAGGGGAGAGAUAGAUGAUAAAAGCCCCGAACAACAGGCACGUAGAGGGGA